AUGUUGAAUGGUGUGGUGGAGACAGAAAGAAGGCAUGGGAAUGUGUUGCGAGAUGGGCCACCGAUACUCUGCGCGAUGAUGCGAAUCCGGCUGCAGAGCGCAGAGACGCUUGCGUGAAAAGCCGCUGUCCGUCUUACAUUAAAACACAUGUCCCAUCAU